UCAGAAAUUUCAAGGACGUUCAAACUACGUCAGUUAAUCAAUAAAAAUGUCCGACGAUGACGGGAAUGAUUCUCCAUCGUGUUAUCCAACCAUAGCUGCCUCUAGAUCAAGAAGAGAGAAAUCUGACAAGUAUGGGCGCUUCGAGGCUCUCAAGAAAUUCAAGGAAGCUAAGGAGAAGGGUAAGAAGAUGAAUUAUGAGGUUGAGGAGGUUCAGAACGUCUACGAGAUGGUGGACGAGAGUGAAUACGCCGAGGAGGUUCAGAAGAGGCGGGACAGUGAGUGGAUUAUUGACGAUGAUGGUGGAUAUGUAGAGGACGGCCGGGAGAUAUUCGACGAUGAUGAAGAGGAUGCUAUCUAUACUAGCUCCAAGUCCAAGAAGAAGGCUGAGAAAGAGAAGGUUAAGAAAGAGGAGAAGAAAGGAGGAAAUAUCAAGAAUAUGAUCCUGAACAUGCCUACCAAGAAAAAGAAAGAGGAGGAAGUAAAACUAGAUGAUGACGAGUUUCUGGGAGAUAUUUUAGAAAAACUGAAACCCAAGAAACAGGUUCUUAAGAAACCUGGAGGUCACGGUUCUAAACAUGGCAAGGUUUCGCAGGUUUCCGAGGUUGAGAGGAACCCAUUUAUCAAGAAAGGAACUGGAUUAAAGAAAGUCCUUGCUUCAAGUUCAGUUGAUCACGAAACACCAAGCCAGCUGAUAGAAGAGUUCGAUCAACCGAGUCAAGACGAUUUCGAGGAAGAAAUGAUGAUCAAUGAUAUGGAGGAUGACGCAGAGUUCACAGCUGCAUGCCAAGAAGAGGUUGAAGAGAAGGUUGAGGUAAAGAUGGAUAAUCGUGGAUUUAUUGAACAGAAACCAGUUGUUUUAAACAGUUCAGGUUCUGUCUGGAAAUCCAGUCUAGUUCAACAGACAGCUUCGGCUGAAAUUAACGUAGACUUCUCCAAGUUUCCCCUCUCCCAGGUUGAGAUAACCAAUCCUGAGACCGGAGAAACUACAACUGAAGAGGUGUUGAAGAUGUUCUGGUACGACGCGUACGAGGACGCCAUGAAACAUCCCGGCGUCGUCUGGUUGUUUGGGAAGGUUUGGAUUGAGUCCGCCAACUCCUUUGUCUCGUGUUGUCUCACUAUAAAGAAUAUACCCCGGAGAAUCUACUUGACAAAACGGGAAAUCUUCUGUGAUGCUAAAACCGGUCAACCCCUACCUGGAGAGAAAGAAGUCACAUCCAUGGAUUUAUACAACGAGUUUAAUUCCAAGAUUGCUAAGAGAUAUAAGAUCAUGGAGCAUAAGUGUAGACCUGUCGAAAAAUCCUACGCCUUCGAUCAUUCUGAUAUUCCCAAUGUUGGCCAGUAUCUUGAGGUUCUAUACUCCUCCGACUACCCUGCUCUACCUGCAGAACUUACUGGGGAGACUUUUAGCAGGAUAUUUGGAACUCCACAAACUGCUCUAGAGAUGUUCCUUCUUGAGCAGAAGUUGAAGGGACCAGGCUGGUUGUAUGUCAAGGGGGCGGUUCCACACUCCCCGCCUACUUCAUGGUGUAAACUGGAAGCGGUUCUCACAGACCCAAGUAUGGUUACUGUGGCUAGCACUCAAGAUGAAACGCCUCCCAUGGUCAUAAUGAGUUUAAAAAUUGGCACUGUUAUAAAUGCGAAGACUCAUCAGAACGAGAUUUCAAUGAUUGGAUGUUUAGCGCACACAAGCUAUAGUCUAGAGAAGGCUCCUAGUGAACCCUUUAACCAACAUUUCUGUAUAAUCACUAAACCUCAGGACGAGGCCUGGCCGUAUGACUGGUCAAGGGUUGGAGCAAACCAAACUGAGAACGGAAUUACUAAGAUAGAGAAGGCCAACUCUGAGAGAGAACUGCUCAGCCUUUUCCUCACCAAGAUUCAAAAGCUCGACCCGGACGUGAUCAUCGGCCACGACAUUAUCAACUUCGAUAUUGAAGUUCUGGUCCAUAGGAUGAUGCAAAACAAGAUCGCUCAUUGGUCUCGUCUUGGUAGAUUACGACGCUCAAACCAUGCAGGAAUGAAACAUGCCAGCAAAGACGCAACUGUUGGUAGGUUGGUUUGUGAUCUAAAGAUCUCUGCCAAGGAAUUGAUCCGAUGCAAGAGCUACGAGCUUGGAGCUCUGGUUGAGAAGUGUCUCCAGGAAGGGGAGGAGGAUAAAAGAAUGAUCCUGACUCCGGAAUCAUUAAGAAAGUCCUACUCCAGUUCCGAGGAGCUCAAGGGUAAUAUUGUUCUCUGUAUGCGUGAUGCAGAUCAAACCCUGAGAAUAGUUUCCGACCUGAACGCUCUACCUCUAGCUCUCCAGAUAUCUCAGAUUGUAGGAACUGUGAUGAGUAAAACCCUGCGAGGAGGAAGAGCGGAAAGAAUUGAAUAUCUUCUCCUCCAUGCGUUCACAUCUCUAGACUAUAUUGUCCCUGAUAAACACUACGGGAAGAGAAAGGUUGAGCAUGAUGAAGACGGAGAGGAAACCCAGGGUUCAAGUAAGAGAAAGAAAGCGUCCUAUGCCGGAGGUUUGGUUCUAGAUCCUAAGAAAGGUUUCUAUGACACGUAUAUCCUGCUCCUUGAUUUCAACUCCCUCUAUCCUUCCAUCAUACAGGAGUAUAAUAUUUGUUUCACCACUGUCGAUCGAACUCCAGUGAAGAGCGGAGAUGGAGAUAUGGUUUUACCCAACCUUCCUGAACCCACCGUAUCCCCUGGCGUUCUUCCAACCCAGAUCAAGAAACUAGUCGAGAGCAGACGAAACGUCAAGGAUAUGUUAAAAAAGGAUAAAUUAACAGAAGCGCAAAGACAACAACUGAAUAUUAGACAGUUAGCUCUUAAACUAACAGCUAACUCUAUGUAUGGAUGUCUUGGGUUCAGUUUCUCGAGGUUCUACGCUAAGCACCUGGCUGCUCUUGUGACCAGCAAGGGUCGUGAGAUCCUUCUCCAGACCAGGGAUAUGAUCCAGAAGAUGAACCUAGACGUGGUGUACGGAGACACGGACUCCGUCAUGGUCAACACGAACUCCAGGGACUUUGAGGAGGUGUACAGGCUCGGCAAGGAGAUCAAACAGACGGUCAACAAGCUCUACAAGCUUCUAGAGCUAGACAUUGACGGGGUAUUCAAGUAUAUGUUACUAUUGAAGAAGAAAAAGUAUGCUGCUGUUACCCUGGAGAAGGAUAGAGAUGGAAACAUCGUUCAGAAAACUGAACUUAAAGGAUUGGAUAUUGUCCGGCGUGACUGGAGUCAGUUUGCAGCCGACGCUGGUAAAGCUAUAAUUGAUAUCAUUAUGACGGAUAAAUCAGAAGAUUCAAGGCUUUCGGAAAUACAGGAGCACCUUGAGGGUUUGAAAACUGCUCUGCUGGACGGAAAGAUAGCUCUGAAAACUCUGGGUAUAACUAAACAGUUAACCAAGGAUCCAAGUGAUUAUCCGGAUAAAAAAGCUCUGCCUCAUGUACAGGUAGCCUUGAGAUUGAAUAGUGCUGGUGGUAAGAAGCUGAAGGCUGGAGAUACAGUUACCUACGUUAUCUGUGAUGACGGGAGUGGGUUGGCCGCUACACAGCGGGCUUAUCAUGUUGACGAGGUUAAAGAAUCCUCAACAUUGAAGAUAGAUACUCAAUACUAUUUAGCUCAGCAGCUACAUCCUGUAGUAUCAAGAUUAUGUGAUCCUAUCGAUGGAAUGGAUAGUGCUAGAAUUGCUUCCUGCUUAGGUCUGGAUCCUGGACAGUAUAAGUCUCGAGCUCCUGUAGAGAACCACGAGGACCCGGAGGAAAGAGAAGAGGAUAGAUUCCUCUCCUGUACUCCUCUUAACCUAUCCUGCUUAUGUGGAGAGGAAAUUAAACUUGAUUCUCCGUUCGUCGGAUCUGGGAAGAAUCUUUCUCCAGCACUGCUCACAUGCCCCAGAGCUAAACCAUGCGGAGGAUAUCCACUAGAGGGUAAUAGAUCUGGAUGGGUGAUGAACCAGGUCUCUAGGAUGAUGAGAGGUUGUAUAGAAAAGUAUUAUCAAGGAUGGUUGGUUUGUGAGGAUCCAGGUUGCUCCGGGAGAACUCGUCUACUCCCUUUGGAGUUCCAGAGAGCGUAUCCGGUCUGCAGUACGUGUAGGAAAGCGAUUAUGUACAGCGAGUACUCGGAUACCCAGUUGUACAAUCAGAUUCAGUUCAUCCUUCAUAUAUUUGAUAUUAGGAAAGCUCAGAGUAAACUUGAUCAAGAUGAACUAACAUACGUCAGGAAUAAGUUGUCUGCUACACAAGGAAGUAUGUCAGCGUAUGACGAGAUUAAAGAUUUCGUUGAGCACAAGUUUAACAGAAACAACGGACAUGCUACAGUCUCUUUGGAUCGGAUAUUCCAGGGACUAUUCAGUGCUGGGGCUCUCUAGACCCCCCCCCCCUGCAAUAUCUGUACACCCUCCUGGAACAAGAUGCUAAUCAACUUCCUCCUUAUAGAUUUAGUCCUAUUUUUCAUACUCAGAUAUAUGAGUCUGUACAUAGUACAGAAUAAAGACGUAUGUAUGAAUAUUUUAAUGAUUUCAGA